GGCAUUCCCCAAUACACGGCCAUGGCUCCCCUAGUCCCGUCGCAUGAAGAGCUUGAACGCAGACGUAUUGUCAACGUUAACGCAGAGACGGUCACUAACAUCGCUUCUACUGAUUUCCCCGGCCACUGGCCAGGCGAGUCGCACGAAUGGAAUCUUGAUAAAUUCAGAGAUGGCUUCCGGGUCGACUUCCACCAAAACAAGAAGUUCGAGGCUUCUUUUUCCUUGAUCGGUUUGGAUGCCUCUAUCGCAAACGCAUUCCGUCGCAUUGUCAUGGCUGAAGUGCCUACUCUCGCUAUUGAAUGGGUAUACAUUCACAAUAACACCUCUGUCAUUCAAGAUGAGGUGCUUGCACAGCGGCUUGGUCUUAUCCCUCUUCAGGGUUCAGUCGAAGGCCUCAACUGGAUGCAGUGGUACAACAAGGGCAGCGAAGAUGAGCCUGGCAGCGGUAGCGACCUGGCAGAUUACAACACCGUCGUUCUGCGUCUCGACGUCGAAUGUACCAAGAACCCGAAUGCAUCCCGUGACGAAACAGACCCUCGCAAACUGUACAAGAACGCACACGUCUACGCCAAGGAUAUCGUUUUCCACCCUGUCGGCCGCCAAGAAGAGUUCUUCACCGGUGAAGGCGCCAUUCGAGCUGUGAACCCCGAUAUUCUCGUUGCUAAGCUUCGCCCUGGGCAGAAGAUAGAGUUGGAAAUGCACUGUAUUAAAGGCAUUGGAGCAGAUCAUGCCAAAUUCUCCCCGGUAGCGACAGCGACUUAUCGUCUGAUGCCGGUCAUCCAGAUUUUGCGCCCUAUCAUUGGAGAGGACGCGAAGAAAUUCGCCAAAUGCUUCCCUAAGGGAGUUAUUGGUCUUGAGCCCAUCACCGCUGAGGAUGAGCGGCAAAACGCUGAAUAUCGUGGUCGUGGCGGCGAGCUUAAGGCCGUUGUUCGCGAUGCUUUCAAUGAUACCGUUAGCAGGGAGUGCUUACGACAUGAUGAAUUCAAAGGCAAGGUCAAGUUGGGCCGGAUUCGCGAUCACUUCAUCUUCAACAUUGAAAGCACUGGACAGUUUGACAGCGACGUUCUCUUCCUCGAAAGCGUGAAGGUGCUGAAGCUCAAAUGUGCACGGUGGAAGCGGGGCUUGACGGACCUCAUGCGAUAG